CUCAUUUUAUUUUUCAUUUUGUAAGCUUACUUUUGAAUUUUGGGGUCCGUUCUCAGAGAGUUGUUGUUCAAUUUUUUGAAGCUCACAGUGCUUGCACCAUUAUUCUUUAUAUAAGUAUCACAGAUGGGUUUGGAGUAGAUUUCACCUAUCACUCUUUUCUCUAAAAAAUUUCCAGCAUAUUUUCCCACAAUGUCUCCUCCCAUAACAAGUUUGUUGAAUGUUCGUCCACCGAGAAUGGCGUGGAAUAUCAGGGUAAGGGUUGUUAGACUUUGGAGGAUUAUGAGUUCGUUGGUGCGUGGUAGGGUGAUUUUCAUGGAGAUGGUGCUGCUUGAUCAAGAUGGGAAUAGGAUCCAAGCAACAAUUCCUCCAGACUGUGUUGAUCGUUUCCAGAAUACUUUUCAUGAGAACCGUGUUUACAUGUUCUCUAAUUUCAAGGUUUUACCAAAUGAUCGUUCUACGAGGGUCACUUCCCAUAAUCAUAGGCUGAAACUCUGGGAGGAGACUGUGGUUGUCAAUCAUGAUGGUUAUAUCAUCCAAAGGUUUGGUUUCUCCUUCUUUUCAUCUGCUCAGAUCUUGGAACAUCAACAUGGAUGUGGUCAUUUAAUUGAUGUGUUUGGUCUAUUGACAUCUCUCCACUAUGAUUUCGUUGUUGAUGCUAGACAGAACCUUGCCACAAUUGCUAGGGGAACUAUUGAGUGUGUGUUGUAUGGGAGAUUCAUAGGUUUCUUCAAGGGUCUGCUGAGUCGGUUUGGAUCUGCUCUUCCAGUGGUUGUCAUUCAAUUUGCCAAAAUUUGCAAGGAGCGAGGCCGCGUUGUUGUUAGGAGUGUUAGGGAUAUUUCAAGGAUCAUGCUCGAUCCCCCUGUUGCUGAGGUUGCUAGGUGGAAGAAUGGGCUGGUGUUGUCUCUGAGAAGAUAUGACAUUGAUCGUGUUCACGUUAAUCCUUCGAUCAAUGAAUUUGAGUCCUCCCAGUUUAAUCGCUCUUUUCCAAGGAAAACAUUGGAGGGUUUGCUUGCCACCCCCGAGGAAGGCUUAUUUGUAGUACUUGCAAAGGUUGUUGAUCUUUAUCAUGUUGAAAAGUGCUGGUAUGCUUUGUGCCGUUGUGGUAGGUUGAUGAAUCAGGGGACUGGUUUAUAUGUUUGUGGUCAAUGCAACCUGACAAACUUCAACAUUUCUUGCAAGUAAAAAACCUUUUUGUUGUAUCAUUUAUUUUGUUACUGGUUUUAGUAUUACCCAUUUCUCAGAACUUGAACUUAGGUGUAGGUUGAGGAUUGUGGUAGAUGAUGGAAAAACUGCUGCAAGGUUCCAACUGUUUGAUUAUCUCUUGGAUGGGAUUAGCUCCCUUGAAUAUAAUAAACAUAUAUGUAUUGAUUUAUGCAUAUGUUAGAUCCUUGAUUUUUUAGUGUGGUUGUUUUGUAUCUGAUUUUCAUCCUCCACGUAAACAAUCAUGGUGAGGAUAGUUAAUGUGUAUUUUGAUUGUGCAGGGCUUGGGUUUUACUUUGGGCGAAGCUGGGAUGAAAAUCUUAAAGGGCAGGAGCGUGUUAUUUAUUGUUAAAAAGGCACGGCAGAAUACUGAAGCUAAUGGAGAGCUGAUGGAGGUUGUUCAGAGGGCUCAAGACCUGAUACAGGUUGUGCAUUUGACAGAUGAUGAGGCUGCCAUUCAACGUUACCAUUUAUUUGGUGACAACUAUACUCCACUUAAGUGUAUGUUUAAGCCUGCCUUUACCAUAGUCACACCUUCAUGGGUUUCAAGGAAGUUGUUUUCAAAGGUUAAUCCUUUUGCUAUGGAGAGUGAGGUGGAACAUGACUUGGAAUCACCCUCUGGUUUUUAUCCGUCUCUUGCAACGCUCUUGAGUUGCACCAACGAUCCAUUGGGUCCCAAUGACCAGGUUCUGUCGCUGCGUUCCCGUUCUGAUGACGAAGCACCUAAUGUGUUGCCCGGUAAUGGCAGUAUUUGAGUGUGCAAUGUGUUGGAACAUUGAUGUGAUGUUGGAUGAAAAAUUGGAAGAUUAAACACCAAGUAAUUAUACUUUGAUCUGUUGUGUGAAUUGAAAAAAUAGAGUGUGGAGGUCUCACAUAAAA